GCCGUGGCGGUGCAAGUGGUCCCUUUUGUGGCUUGUCCAAAUGACGCAGGCCAGAUUCAAGCAAACGCCGCGUCUGAGUUNAAACCUGCUUUCCCUUGUGUAUCCUCGAAACUUCAACCUCUACUACCUCCCUUACUCCUAACAACCNNUCUGGUCUUGAGAUUUCACUCACUCUCAAGCAUCCUCAGCACUCAAUUCGCCAUGUCUCGCAGAGUGAACGCGUCGACCGACGCCGCAAAAGAAGUCACCGCCAGUCCUCGUAUGUCCUUGCUGGAAAUGACGGUAUACAAGCAAAUGCUGACCGAGAGACAGCCNAUGGACAAGCAAAAGCGUCUGUUGGAGGAGUCUGACCCUGGUCAUUUCUCCAUGAUCCGUGCAAUGCACCUUGCCGACCUGAUCACCCUCCUAAACGGUACGACCUAUUUGCUACUGUUGGCACUGCUCCUGAUACUAAUCAUGUAUCACNNAGGCUUCUGUGGUAUCAACUCUGUCAUGUCCUCCCUCCGUUACUGCAUGGGUAACCCCAACGAUCUUGGCAAUCUCUGGGCUGCUCUGGCCUUCAUGCCUUUCGGUCUAUUCUUCGACUUCAUGGAUGGCAAGGUCGCUCGCUGGAGAAAGAAGAGCUCGCUCAUGGGCCAGGAGCUCGAUUCGCUGGCUGAUCUGAUCUCUUUCUGUGUUUCUCCUGCCAUCGCAUCCGUCGCAAUUGGCAUGCGAACCCCUCUUGACCACUUCCUCCUCACCUCCUUCGCCCUCUGUGGUCUCCUCCGUCUUGCUCGUUUCAACAUCACCACCGACAGCGUACCCAAAGAUGCCAAUGGCAAGGCCAAGUACUUUGAGGGUCUCCCAACUCCUACCUCGCUCGGCAUCGUCGCCGUCAUUUCCUACUGGGUCAGCCAGGGCUGGAUCCACGAUCAAAUCNNCCCCUUCGGUGUCAUUGCUGAGGGCUCGAUACUCGAAUUCCACCCUGCUGCUUUGAUCUUUGUGGCCCAUGGAUGCCUUAUGAUCAGCAAGACCUUCCACGUCCCCAAGCCUUGA